AUGUCUCUUCCAACCCGCGAAUUAGAUAAAACCGGAGUCAAGAUCACAGUUAUUGGCUUGGGAUGCAUGGGAUUGGUUGAAUUUAAUGGAUCCGUUGACGAGGAUGAAAGCCUUAAAGUACUGAAAAGAUCACUCGAGUUAGGAUGUACCUUUCUGGAUACUGCGGAUAUCUAUGGAAGAAACGGAGCCUGUGAGAUCCUUUUAUCAAAAGUUAUCAAAGAUUGCCGCCGUGAUGAAGUAUUUGUUUGCACGAAAUUUGGAAUUAUUCGAAACGAAGAAGGAAAAUUUGUAGAUCGAAGAGGAGAUCGCGAGUACGUUCGCCAAUGUUGUGACAAUUCUUUGAAAAGGUUGGGGAUUAGUCAGAUCGAUCUUUAUUAUCUGCAUCGUAUGAUUCCCAAGACUCCGAUCGAAGAAACUGUUGCUGCUAUGGCGGAACUUGUUAAAGAAGGCAAAGUAAAAUAUAUCGGACUCUCGGAAUGUAAUGAAGAUCAACUUCGACGCGCUCAUAAAAUUCAUCCUAUUUCAGCUGUUCAGGUUGAAUAUAGUCCAUGGUGUCUUGAUAUUGAAACUAAUGGAGUUAUGAAAGCAUGUCAUGAAUUAGGUAUUACUAUUGUUGCUUAUCGUCCACUCGGUCGUGGAUUCUUAACUGGUAGGUAUCGAACGAUCGAUGAUUUUGCACCAGAUAAGGCUGAUUACCGUCGAACUUUGCCCCGUUUCUCGGGUGAGAAUUUUAAAAAGAAUUUGGACAUUGUUGAUAAAAUUCAAGAAUUCGCCACCAAGAAAGGUGUAACAGCAAGUCAACUUUGUUUGGCUUGGGUUCUAGCUCAAAGUGAUAACAUGAUCGUUAUUCCUGGUACGAAGAAGAUUAAAUACUUGGAAGAAAAUAUUGGUGCAGGAAAUGUAAAGCUUUCUAACGAGGAAUUAUCUGAAAUUCGUCAAAUCAUUAAUUCUUUUGAAAUUACUGGCAAGAUAUGGUGA